CGGGGGGGGGAUUAGGGGGGUGGCUGGGGGGCGGGACAGGAAGGUCCUGUUGAUUUUUCCUUGAUUUGACUGCAGCCGGCUCAGUUCUGGCGUCUGGGGCUGGGGGCCUCCUCAGCAGGAAGGAGGAGGGCAGAUAGGAGACCUGACCCCUCUGGAACCCGGUUCUAUCUGAGUAGCAGCAGCAGCAGCAGCAGUGAGCAGGCAUCUGGGACGAGGGUCAGAGUGGGGCCCCAGACUACUGGGCGAACUAAGCACCAGAUGCACUUCUUCCUUCCUCUACAGUCAGAGCCUGGAGAAGUAGUCCGAGGGAGCCAGUGGGCAGCAGAGGACGGAAAUGAAAAUAGCGGAGGAGUCUGCAGCAGCCUGGGGUCUUUGGGGACUGUCUGCCCGCCCGCCCGCUGCAUAGUUCCCUCCCACCUUCAAUCCGCUCAGCCCCGAGGAGGCCAAAGAGCUGUGCUACUCACCCUCUCUCCAGGGCCUGGCCAAGCUGCGAGGGGACUGAGGGGUGCGUCGGUGGGACCGACUCUUGAGUCUGAGAAACGGACAGAUAGACAGACCGACAGACGGGCAAAGGAAGAGCGCAAGCCGACACAAAGCAGGCCGGAGGGGUUCGCUAGGCUAAGAAGCCCCCAGGGCUCCCUGCCCUCCCCCUACCUUCCUUCAGCAGCAGACCCAGAGUGGACCUAGGAGUUCACCUCCUUUCCUUUCUGGGCUGCCAAGGAAGAAAGGCCGACAAAGCGGCGGCUGCAGCAGCAGCAGCGAGAGAGAGAGAGAGAGCCCCGCCGGGGACAAUGGGACUGCGUCUCCUCCUGCUCGCCUGCUUGGGACUCAGCUUCUUCGCCUGCCUCUUUUCUGCCCAAACCCCAGCACAUCCACGAGCCUCUGAGGAACAGAAUGAUACUGUGGACCCAAGGACAUUUAUUUUCAAGACUUUUGAUAACGACUUUGAACAAGUCCCAUCUGGAGAUGAGGAUCCCGAAAUCAUUCCUGAAAGCGAGCCGGCUUCCAUCAACAAGACCUAUCCUUUUCGGAAGCAACAGCCACAUCAUCUGUCUGAAGAUGCUUCCAGAUAUCUAACGGGCUCCUGGCUGACGCUCUUUGUCCCUUCAGUUUACACUGCAGUAUUUGUAUUAAGCCUGCCUCUAAACAUCAUCGCCAUCGUUGUUUUCCUGGUGAAGAUGAAGAUCAAGAAGCCAGCUGUGGUGUACAUGCUCCAUCUGGCCACUGCAGACAUCCUGUUUGCAAGCGUGCUGCCCUUCAAGAUAGUGUACUACUUUUCUGGAAGCGAUUGGGCGUUUGGGUCUGGAAUGUGUCGCUUUGUCACUGCAGCUUUCUAUUGUAACAUGUAUGCUUCAGUCAUGCUGAUGACAGCCAUCAGUGUGGAUCGCUUCCUGGCUGUAGUCUAUCCGAUCCAGUCUCUCUCCUGGCGCACUCUGGGCCGUGCUUCUUUCAUCUGUCUGGCCAUAUGGACUGUUGCCGUCGGGGGUAUCGUACCUCUUGUCAUCAAAGAACAAACGAAAGAGAUCCCUUGGCUAAAUAUAACCACCUGUCAUGAUGUCCUAAACCAAGAUCUACUUGAAGGCUAUUUUGUUCAUUACUUCCUAGCCUUCUCUUCCCUUUUCUUUUUUGUGCCAUUAAUCAUUUCCAUGGUCUGUUACGUGUCCAUCAUCCGGUGUCUUAGCUCUUCUUCAAUGGCCAACCCAAGCAAAAAGACCCGGGCCUUACUCUUGUCUGCAGCUGUGUUCUGUAUUUUUAUCAUUUGCUUUGGACCCACAAAUGUCUUUCUGAUCACUCAUUACUCAUCACUUAUUUAUAGUGCUGCAACAGAGAAAAUCUACUUUAUCUAUCUUCUCUGCAUGUGCAUCAGCAGCAUUAGUUGUUGCAUUGACCCCUUGAUUUAUUACUAUGCUUCUUCUGAUUGCCAGAGAUAUCUCCGCAAUCUCUUGGGCUGCAGAGACAGCUCUGAUCCAGGCAGUUUCAAUAGCAGUGGCCAACUGAUGACCAGGGCUAGUAAAAUGGAUACUUGCUCUACUAACAUGAGUAACAGCAUAUACAAAAAAUUGCUAACUUAGCAAGUGUUUGUAUUUUAAAAAUAAAAUACAAUCAGGGGGCAGCUGGGUGGCUCAGUGGAUUGAGAGCCAGGCCUAGAGACAGGAGGUCCUGGGUUCAAAUUUGACCUCAGAUACUUCCUAGCUGUGUGACCUGGGCAAGUCAUUUAACCCCCAUUGCCUAGCCCUUACUGCUCUUCUGCCUUAGAACCAAUACACAGUAUUGAUUCCAAGACGGAAGGUAAGGGUUUAAAAAUAAUAAUAAUAAUCAGCUAGCAGAUUUGAAAUUCUAUUCAGCACCUGUCAAAAAUAUUAAUCUCACCAAUAAAAGAGCAGAAGCCUUGUAAUGCAACCUUCUUAACCAUAGACACUGAGCAUGGAAGUUUGAUGAAAGUUAUUUCGCUAAAGAUAAUAUAGGCAUUAAUGACAGUGUGAUUUAAAAGGAGAGCAUUUGCAAGCAAAGUUGAAUGGUGCAAAGAGUCUGUCUCUUUGGCACAUUUGCUGUGCUCUUUACAGUAGAUAUUUUGAAAACCAUUUUUCCUUUUCUUUCUUGAUUUGGACCAAAUGACAAAUCUUCCAACUCUUAAAAUUCUCUGACUAUAUUAUGUAAAAAAUAACUUCUGUGGCUGAAAGUUCUAUAUGUGAGUUGGUCUAGAUAAAGGGUUUUGGAUGUAUAGUCUUGACCAACUCAGAAUGCAGCCCUUUCUUAAAUAAUAACAACUUUAGAGGGGUAGCAGAGGCUGAUGCAGUUUUCAUGGAUGAGCAUGAUGUGUGAAAGUCUUUUCAGUUGGAGCUUUUCAAACAAUGGUUGGCAAUAUUUGAAUUCUUAUGGGACAAAUAGAUAUUUAAAACGUAAAAAUAGAAUCUGGACCUCAAAUUUUGAGGAGAAAACUAAAAUGUGAAAUCUUGAAAAUUGCUGAAAUGAUGAAAAGUUAUUGUAAAGACUGUUUUUGGUCAUUGACAAAUCAAAAACUAUAUUUGUAAGCAAGUAUCUCAGCUGAUCAGAGAAUAAAGAAGCCACAAACAGAUCCAGGAUGAAAGUAUACAUGGUGAUCAUAGGGCGAUAAGAGAGGUAUUGUAUAAUUAUAAAUUUCAAAUUACUUAGAGGUAAGCUGUUGUAGUUGAUAGAGGGCAUGAUUUGGACCAAAUAGCAAGUGUAGGGAUCAAAUCCUGCCUCUGACAGGAUGACUGUAAUAAGUUAUUUAACUUUUCAAUGCCCCAGGCAAGUCUCUAAGACUAAAAGUGGUAGACAGAGAUUCCACAUCACCCAUCUGAACCCCCAAAAAAGAAAAACUGCUCUGGGCUUAUGGGUAACUAUUAAAUGUCAAUGAGAGUGGUCCUUAGCAUCCUGAAUCAACCUUGUAAUGGAAAAGGUGAAGUAGUGAACAAGGUCUCUUAGGUUUGUCAGAUGUGAAAAAUCAGAAACCCUCCUGUUGGAAGAUGCCAAAUGCAGCAGUCAUCACCACUGAAACAAAAGGCAGGACAUCUCCUACUCUGUUUAUUAUCACCUUUAUUAGGACCAAAUGUCUAAAGGAGGACACAGGGUCCCAGGAGGUUUCCUUCUGGUCCACAUUUGUAGACCUAGUGCCCUAAGGAAAUGAAGAGAGCAGCUCCUUUACAGUUUUUACCAUGCAGGUUUCAUUUUCCUACAAAAGCAUUCCCUUAUCACGUUUCGAAACAAUCAGCAGGAUGUGACUCACUCCUGUUUAUAUAAGAUGUAUGUAAAGGCAGUCAGAGAAAGAGGCUUGACCACUCCUGCUUUUUCCUGUGGUUAUAUGUUACAAUGAAAGUAGAGCAAAACCCUGGAGGUAUGCUUUUAGAAAUAAUUCCUUCAACCUGCAUUCAUUUGAACAUCAUUUACUUGUGAGUGUUUUCUUGAAGGAAUUAUCUUAAAUCAGCUCUUUUUGAAUAACGUCGAACACUUUGGAUUAGUUACACAGCAUAAGAGAAAGUUCAUGGAAUUUAAUUGCUAUGAAAUUGGAGGACUUCGUGUGUGUUUUCCAUUCAUUUAUCUUCCAUAUAUUAAAACUGUAUAGAAUGAUUAAAUUCUUUCCACUUAUAUUCUUGUGUUACUUAUGAAUCCCCACUUUUAAUAGUACAUAUGUGGCUUUUUAAAAAUUGUUUGGAUGAACCUAAACAUUUUCCUUUAAAGUGAAGGCAAAUAAUAAUUAAAUCAAAACCAUUUCUUUAAAAAAUAUCACUAUAAUUUAAUUGUAAUGUACUGAAGAUUCUCGUUCAUUUAGACCGUAUUAAUUUGGAAACUAAGUUGAAAUGUAUCUUUGGAUAGACUGUGGGGGAAAAAAGGGAUUCGAUCAUCAAACACUCUUAACAAGAUUGUCAGUGAAAUUUUGACCUCUUUAAAAGAACAAACUAUCAAAUACUGCACAAGUAACAAUUUGUAUACCAAAAAAAGAAUUACAGCAUGAACAAGGGUAGCUGCUGAAGGAAUUGUUUUGAUACAUUAAGAACAAAUCUUUCUGACAAAUUUAUUUAAGCAGAGAUGAAACUAAAGAUCACAAAUCUACAUUUCAAAGUAGCAAAGCUAUGUGUUUUUACACAUUUUUAUAUCAUAAUAUAGUGACUUGAUACUAGCCCUACCAAAUUAAUGAGGUUUUAUUGUGUGUAUUCUGCUCUUUUCUUUCUGUAUAUAAUAUUAAGCUGGCCUGGAUUAGCAGAUGCAUUUGUGUAUUAUCUGUGUUUAGAAAGUAAUGUGUUACUGUGUUUAUUUUUACUGCUUGAAAUUUUACUUAACCUAUACUUAUACACUUCUAAAAUGUGUUUGGGAGCUGUUUGGAAGUAGUAACAAUCCAAAUAAACUCAUAGUGAAGAUUU